CUGGAGGAGGCUACGCGCGCAAUUGGCGGUACAAGAAGGGAAAGUGAGUUAUGUGGGGAGGGAGGGAAUGAGAGCGUCGCGAGUUCUUGAUAACGGACUCUUGAAAGCAUGGGGAACGAGACCGCUGCUCCAGACGGAAGGGAAUAUGAACGGGCUGAUUACGAAUCCGCUGGCUAAAGCCAGGAUGCAUCUAAACCAAGAGUCGCAUCAGAUACGCGCGGCAAGACAGACAGUCGAAGGGAGAAGGAAUCGGCGAGUGCCAGCGGCUUCGCCAGACCAGGUCCGCUCCGGCUCGCUUGCGAUCUCGGCGCCCACUUGCGGCCGUCGAAGGGUAAAAACAGAGGGCUUGCGACGGAUUACAAGGGGGGAGCGGGAAAGCUUGGUAGCCUUCACCCGAAGGUUCAAACGCUUAUCCCAAACCCUAGUGGAUAGGGGCAUGUUGUCCGAGGUAGACAGGUGCAUAAUGUUCAUGCUACACCUGCCUGAGGAAAAGAGAAAGGAGGUCCUUGAAAAGGCCCCGAGGGAUUCUGCAAAUUUCGAGAAAGUAGCCGAAGUGGUUUUCACAGGGGGGGGGGUGGACGUAAGAGAAUACAUGAAAGAGACCUUGGACAUGGCUCUCCGCAACAUGCGAGGGACGCGGAACGAUGGUCCAAAGGGGAGCGAUAGACCACCACCGGCUCCGCCUGGCCCCCGGUGGGGAGACUGGCCUACCGGAUGGAGGAACGAAUCAAUUGGCCAGGGAGGUUGGAGGAACGACAAGGAAGUAGGGGGGAAUCGUGGUUCCGAUUGGGGAAAUUCCCAUUGGAAGGAUGCUAGGGAUGGAAGGUGGGGAGACGCCCCUCAAGCCAGGGCCCCUGGGCCUCGUCCGGAGUUUAGAGCGCCACCACCUCUGGCACCGCAGCUACCGGCUGCGCCUGCGCCGAUAGCAGCAACGGCACAAGGGGGUCCGCGUCCCAACAAUCCCCAAGCUCGGGCUGGGUGUGUCUACUGCAACGAAGAAAACCACAUCAAAAGGGACUGCCCUUAUCUCACGGAGGCGUUGAGAUUGGGAGUGGUCAAGUUGAAUGAAAACAAGUGGGUUGUGUGGGGAGACAGCGGAGAGGCGGUCUCCUUCUAUCCAUCGAUGAGGGUGAACGUGGAUAAGAGGGUGGCCCUUCAAGAGGCUAGGCUAGGAAAGAAGCCGGAGGUCGGGGGCUCCUCGAGCGCGGCUCACAUCCAAAUGAUGGAGUCACCGGGAGGGUUGUCCAUUAGGGAACCCCAAGUAUCCAACAUCAAGUUCAUAGAUACACAGGCCGAGGAGGAGAGACCCUACCUAAGGGUGAGGCCGCAGGUCGGGGCUGAGACAUUUGAGAACCAAGUAAGCGUGACGGAAAGUACGGAGGUGAAAAGCGGAGAUAAUGACCAACCAAUGACCGAUGCGAAAGCAGGGGAGGAAAAGAAAGAGGAACCCACUUCGCCGAAAUCACCUAAGAAAAGGGGCCCCAAAAAGUUCGAAAUGAAGUGCACCCUGGACGAGAUAGACACGGUAGCACCCCUUAGGCAAACGCUGAUGCAGCCCAUGCAGUGCACCCUUUUAGAGUAUCUGGCCGCAAGCAAAAGUGUCAGAGAGGAGCUCCUAAUCAUCACAAGGAAGGUGAGGGUCCCGCUAGCGGUAGCACCAAUGGUACCAGUAGAAGAUCCCGCCAAGGAAGAAGUGCGGGCCACCCGCAUUACCAUGGAGGAGCUGCCGGCCAAUUUCUUCUCGAGGAAAGAGGCCAAGAAGCUCUACGUGCUGGGGAGUGGCCAGCUCCAGGCGGUGGUAAGUGGGAAAAAGAUGAGGGCUUUAGUGGACAACGGGUCCGAGUCUACGGUAUGUAAGGACUCCAUCGCGCGAGAGUUAGGCCUGGAGAUAGACCAAGAGGUGUCAAUGUCGAUGGUGAUGGUAGAUAACAAGCUGCAACCGGCGGAAGGGGUGUGUCAUAGCCCCGUAAUUGAGGUAGCUGGUGUGGAGGCCACGGUACCGAUCUUUACGGUGAAAGAAUGUUCCUCCGAAUUAAUCCUCGGGAAGACUUGGCUAAGCGCGGUACAUGCGACCACAGUUGAUUUGCCGGAUGAAAGUCAAACUCUCUCGAUCCAAAGUCCUGAUGGAAUCGGAGUGGUCCUGAAGACGGUGGACGCGCAAGAUUAACGUAACCGGACCAGCCUUACUAGGCGCAAGGGGGCCCAGUCGAGGGUUUGUCGAGUCUGUCUAGAGGAAGUGCCCUUGACG